AAUAAAAAUCCAAAAUUCCUAGGGUUUUUAUUCUCAACAGUCGUAAAUGGAUAUCUGUUAACUUUCAGCGCCAAUCAUUUAGGAUUCACACCGUGCCUACCUUUCUUCAUUAUCAUCCAUUUCUUCCAAACUGCGUCUUGAAAAUGCCAAAGCAGAUUCAUGAGAUCAAGGACUUCCUUCUAACUGCCAGGAGGAAAGAUGCACGUUCCGUGAAGAUCAAAAAGAGCAAAGAUGUUGUGAAGUUUAAGGUUCGGUGCUCCAAGUAUCUCUACACCCUCUGUGUCUUUGAUCCCGAGAAGGCUGACAAAUUGAAGCAAUCCCUUCCUCCAGGUUUGAGCGUACAAGACCUUUGAGUCGGAAAACUUCGUCUUAAGAGGAUAAUAGCGUCGAGAAGGAACAUUUUGCUUGAUCUUUGAGAUUAGUUGAAAGACUUUUCUGAACUUACUGAGUUAAAUCGUCUUCUAUUCCUUGAAGUUUGACGAGCUCUCAGUUUCUCGGCAUUUUAUAUCUGAUUGUUUUUAGGCUUUUAUGUUUGCCAUUUUAUACUUGGGACCUGUUUGAUUGCCACAUUUUUCAUUGGAACAUUUUCCAUUUUCCAUCAAAAUGUAGUGUUUGAUUGUAAUAUUUUCAAGGGAAUUCCAUUUC